AGGCAUAUACUCUUGGUCUAGCCUGUUUCAGUAGUCCGUCUAAUUUAAAAUGCUGUCUUGAAAUCAAGAGUUCGAGUUCAUCGAAUCUUCCCUUGAGUCAAUCAACAGCACUUUUCGAGCUAUCUGUUUCCCCACAGACGCGUGGGACUGAAGAACUGCGUCCUCGCGGAGACAGCCGGCUGUCACUGUCUCUAGAUGCGCGUUGAAGGAGCGCGCGGGAGGGGUCUGGAAUCGAACUCUUGCUGCGAGAGAUCAUCAUCGAUUGCUGGAGUCUGCAAAGGCACUCCAUCCAGCACAACACAAAUCAGAUGUGGAGCUUUUCCAAUGCAAUAUGAGUGACUCAACUCAUGAGGGGUGAGACAGCACUGGGGAAGGUGUAGAACAGGGGAGGACAGAGAAGCGUUUUGCAACCCCUUGGUGUUUACGAGUCCAGGAUUCCGGGAAAUGGAAGUUAUUUUUUGCCAUCUAAAGUAGAGCGAAUCUUCAACAUUCCGUCGGACAAGGGGCAGGAAGAGCCGAAGUAACUCAGAUGAGUUAAUCGCAGCCUUCUGUCGACUAAUGUUGCCAUUCGAAUAUCCUUGAAAUAGUCUGAGGAAUCCGUCCUCACAGAAGUAAGAAAAUACUGUAUUGUCCUCGAACAAUUUAAUUUCAAACGUUGUGAGCUGAUUUGAACUGGAGAGACCGUGAAUUAUGCUCUAAUACAUUUUGAAAACAAACUCAAACAUACUCAGACGAGUGGAAAUACUUUAUUGAAACAAGCCUCGAUUGAUAAUCUGCCUCUUUUGCACGGAUUAUCAACAUCAGCUGCCACCAAAAGUGUGAAAGAUGAAGCCCUCAGCCUUCAUGUUCCUCCUUAUCAGCUCAGCCGCCUGCAUCAAUCUCAAAUACAUCUCCAAGAGGAACUCGGUGGAUGGCUGCAUUGAUUGGUCGGUGGACCUGAAGAGGUACCGGGUCCUAGCAGGGGAACCAGUGAGAGUGAAGUGCGCCCUGUUCUACAGCUACAUCAGGACCAACUACUCCAUGGCCCAGAGCGCCAAGCUCCGGCUCAUCUGGUACAAAAACAAAGGGGACUCGGAGGAGCCUAUCAUCUUCUCGGGCCAUCGGCUCAGCAAGGAGGAUGACUCCAUCUGGUUCCGCUCAGCCGAGCUGGAGGACAACGGCUUCUACACCUGUGUCCUGAGAAACUCCACCUACUGCAUGAAGGUGUCCAUGUCCUUGGCGGUGGAGGAGAACGACGAGGGCCUGUGCUUCAACAGUAAAAUACGCCACCUGGAGAAAGCCGAGAUCACUAAAAGCAAGAUAAUCAACUGCCCCGACAUCGAGGAUUACCUCGCCCCUUACAAGCAGCCCCAGAUGACCUGGUAUAAGGAGUGUGAGAAGAAGACAUGGCGGAGCUCCAUCAUGGUGAACACCACCAACAUCUGGUUCCCUGAGGUGCAGGAGGACGACGGGGGGAACUACACCUGUGAGCUCAAGUAUGGCAGCCGGGUAGUGAGAAGGACCACAGAGCUCAAAGUCACAGCUCUCCUCACAACCAGACCCCCGAAGGUCCUGUUCCCCACUGAGAGACAGGCCAGUGUUAUAGAUGUCCAACCGGGUAUGCCCCUCAGUCUGGACUGUAAGGCCUUCUUCGGCUACAGCGGGGAGUCCAGACCUAUCAUCUACUGGAUGAAAGGGGAGAAGUUUGUGGAGGAGCUGGCAGGCCACAUUAAAGAGAGUGAAGUCAGGGUGUUGAAGGAGUAUCUAGGGGAGAAAGAGGUGGAGCUGUCCCUAACCUUUGAUGCGGUGGAGGAGACGGACCUGGGCAACUACACCUGCUUUGUGGAGAACCAUAUCGGGCGGAGGAGUGGCAGCGCCAUCCUGCAGAAGAAAGACAUGUACAGGCUAGAGCUGGCUGGUGGACUAGGGGCCAUCCUGCUUCUUCUGGGCUUCUUCACGGCCAUCUACAAGUGCUACAAUGUGGAGAUCAUGCUCUGCUACCGGAGGCACUUUGGGAGCGACGAGACAGAGGACGACAACAAGGAGUAUGAUGCAUAUUUGUCCUACACAAAAGUGGAGCUGGAUUCGAUGAACAGGGGCUCCAGUGAAGAGGAGCAGUUUGCUCUGGAGAUCCUCCCAGAUGUUCUGGAGAAACACUACGGAUACAAGCUCUUCAUCCCCGACCGGGACCUCAUCCCUAGCAGUCACAGCAUCUACAUCGAGGACCUGGCGCGAAGUGUGGAGCAAAGCAGGCGGCUGAUCAUCGUGUUGACUCCUGAGUUUGUGGCCAAGCGUGGCUGGAGCAUCUUCCAGCUGGAGACACGGCUCCACAGCAUGCUGGUGACAGGGGAGAUCAAGGUCAUUAUGAUUGAGUGUGCUGACCUCAAGAGCGUCAUCAACUACCAAGAGGUGGAGGCCCUGAAGAACACCAUUAAAGUGCUCACCAUCAUCAAGUGGAGGGGCCCUAAGAGCAACGAGCUCAAGUCCAAGUUUUGGAAGCAGGUGAUUUACGAGAUGCCGGUAAAGAGGAAGGAGAUGCUGUCUCGCCGGCAGGUGCUUGACUCCGGAGAGCAGGGCCUGUUCGGCGACCUGCAGACGGUCUCCACCAUCGCCAUGACGACCACGUCUGCCUCGCUGGCGCCCGCCCACCAUGCCGAGAUCCCAGACUUUAACCAGGCCGGCCACCCCCAGAUGAGACACUACUGCACCCGUAGUUACGAGUAUAAGAUGCCCGGUUCCCCCUUGCAGAUAGCCACCUUGAGUAACCGUCACAUGUACUGCAAUAUCCCCAUGACGCUGCUCAACGGACAGGUGACUCAGAACAACACGAUGGGAAAGAGCAAGCAGGAGAUCCACUUGAACAGCACAUUCGUUCCUCUAUCUGGAAGGGAACUCACAAGUGAUAUCUGGUAGACUGAUAUUCAGCAACUGGCUUGAUGGCACCAUUUUUAUUUAUUUAUUUGAGCUUUUUUUUUAUCUGCAUGAAGACUCAUUUAGACAAAACACUGAUUAAAAAAAAAAUAAUUAAAGACUGAACACAAUCAUUUCUCACGGACUACUUUCAUUGGCGAUUAAAUGUUUUAUUUUUUUUCCGUUCAGCCAUAAGAAAAAAAGGGAAAAAAGGGAAAAAAAGGAGUUGCUCCAGUCAUCAUUUUCUUACUUGAAAAAUGUCUCCUUUUCUGAGAUAAGUAAGACAUUCAAAAACCUUGUUUUUAAUGUUCAAGGUAUUGUUAUUAUGUACAGUUUUCAUAUCUUCUAUAAACAUUCAUGAUGAUUCCUUUGCGAUGUUAAUGGUGUAUGAGUAUGUGAGUGAAUCCACAUCAAAUGAUUCUGACCUGGGAUACUUCAUGGGAAAGGGGGACAUUUCUCAUUGCAGCACAAUUCUGUAAAGACCGACUGAACACAUUCUCUGUGAGCUUUAAACAUUUUACAGUAUAUUUAAGCAAAUCAAUAAUGUUUGAAGGUAUUGUCAUUGUUUGAGGCCAAUUAAAUAUGAAUAUUUGAAAUGUUUGAUACAAUAUUUGUUUGAGUUGUAUUCUGUGACUCUAGUUGCUGUCUCUUGAUUUCUGCCUGUUACUUUGCUAAUUCUAUUUGGUAAAAACAAGAAGCCCUCAUCAACUUUUUUUCGACUUCUCUCCUGAAAUCCUCCCCUGCUUCUCAUGCCUUCUUUCCUCCCUGUCGGCCAUAUUGUUUUCAGAUUACUAUUGAGUUGUCUCCUUGAGGAUGACCUGCUCUCUAAAGGUUACAGAUGGACUCAGUGUGGUGCUUUGGGAACCGAUCGUAGUUUUGACUGACUGUAUUGUAGAAAUGGAAUGGAACUGGGAUCACCUGAGAGAUAUUUGCAUUUGUAUCUAUUUUAUUUCUUUUGUUUUGCAAAAUGAGAACAGAAUAGUCUUAAAGAAGCUUCCUCUUCUCAGCAUAAGUUGCUUUGCUGCUUCUAUCCUGGCUCCACCCUAGAGAAUUCAUCAUAUUUGUCUGCUUUGUUUUUUUAAUAUAGCACCCUCUAUCUGUCUCAUUGCGUUAUAGCCGAAAUACCAAGAUUGUAAAAAAAAAAAAAGGAUUUA